CAAUGCGAAGCUGGUUAGCCCAAUCAUGAUCUUGAUCUCUGGCCAUCAUCAUCAGAUUCACCUUCCCUCGGGAGUUGGGCUCGGAUUGACAACUCUCAACAGACUCGACUCUCACAAUUCCAACUUUCAGGAAAGCAAAAGCUCAAUCAAGCAAAUCUUCUCCAUCCAACUAACUAAUUUCCCCUUCAAAAAACAACCUUCACCAUGGACUCCAGCAUGCCUUUGCCACCCCGCCGCUUCAUCUGCCCUCUGACUUUGGAAGUCAUGGAAGACCCUGUUUUGCACAAGAAAACUGGCCACUCCUACGAGCGACGAGCCAUUCUCACAUGGAUUCACAACUCCACCCUGAACAAUGCCGACCACAGAGCCACCUGCCCAUUGACUCGAAAGCCCAUUUCAACCAAAGAAUUGGCCGAUAAUGCUGCUCUCAGCUAUGAGAUCAGCCUUUGGAAAGAAACCUCUGCAAUGGAAGCCAAGCUUUCCGAGAUCAUGUCACUUUGCUGAUGGCUCGAUCCAGUUGGAUCAAAGAGUGAAGCGAUAUGGGAGUCGGCUCAUUCAUAUUAGAAAUUUUGCUGCACAUUACACAUUUUAACUUUUCUAUAGCAAACAAAAAGAUUUAUUUUC